CGGCGCCUCCAGUCAUAGGGAAGCCGUGGCAUCGUGCAGAGACAGAGUGGAGGCGCAGCAAGUUCGUAUAUUAAGACUCAAGUUACGGAGACUACCAGGCAUAGGUUUAAGGUUUGGUUAUGUUACUGAUGGUGAAGAAAACGAGUCUUUUGAGCCCCUGCUGAGUCUUAAGGAGGGUGCGUGUUGCCAGCCAGCGAGCCUACACACACUGUUCCAAGAGGGAGAGAUCUGAGGCGCGCCACCUUCCACGCCUCUGUCAGCUGCACGCAUCACCGGGGUCACCAUGGCGCUGCUGGUGGGCGAGGCUCGGAAGUUUCCUGACUCACACCCUUACACUGUCUUUCACCGCCUGGCCCACCGCCCAAAGACACAGGACAAGGUGGCACUCCUGCAUGAGGCCACGGCGAUCACAUAUCAUCAGCUGGGACAGAUGGUUGACUCCCUCUCCCUGUGGCUGGAGGCGAGUCUGGAGCGGAUAAUGAGGGAUGACGGAGAUGGCAGCAAGAACGGUGUACAGAAUGCCGCUAAUGGUGAGAGUCUCGCGGCGGAGUUGGCUAAGCUGCGCACAGGGAGCGUACAAGGCAAUCCCACCGCUGCCACCAAUGUUGUGAAUCCCAACCCAGCUUCUCCCACUGUGACUACUACCAUCAUUGCUCUGUGCCUGCCCCGCUCGCCCGUGCUGGUGGCGCUCAUUCUGGCCAUCUGGAAGCGAGGCUGGGCUUAUGUCCCCUUAGACCCCAUCGUGCCAGCCCUACGCACUCUCUAUGUAAUCAAAGACUCUCGGCCAGCCUGCAUCAUUACUGACACACAGACCAAGAUUAGGAUCAAAGGCCUGGAGACUGAUUACGCUCUGGCCACCUCCAUCACCACCACUGCCACCAUCACUGACCAGCCACCCCCGGCCAGCUACGUCAUCAGCGACAGGAUCGUGGACGUGACAGGAUGGGAGGGCAAUACACCGCUGCAGAUCCGCAACGGGGGCAUGGAUGACGUGGGUGAGGAGGAUGGCAGUGAAGGAACCCCUGUAAAGGAGGAGAGAGCUUCCGUGGCCGUUGAUGAGAGUCCUGUGCAGGCUGUGUGUUCGCCUGACAGUCUGGCCUGCGUCCUGUACACGUCAGGCAGCUCCGGCGAUCCCAAGGGCGUGAGGCUGACGGUGGGGAAUAUCAUGAACCGCCUGGCAUGGCAGUGGGAGGCGCUGCCCUUCACAGAGGACGACGUCUGCCUCAUGUCCAAGUCCCUGACCUUCGUGGACUCCCUGACGGAGGCGAUGGUGCCGCUGCUUGGGGGCGCGCCGCUGGUGGUGGUGAAGGAGGACGCCAUCAACCCGGAGCUCCUCAUCAGGUACGUGUGUCAGUACAGCGUGACGCGCGUGGUGGCCGUGCCGUCCCUCCUGAAGCUGCUGCUGCUUUACCUCAACACCACCAAGGAAGCGACCCGCGUGUUGCUGCAGCAGGUGCGGGUGUGGGUGACCAGCGGCGAGCCUCUGCCCGGCUGGCUGGUCAACGACUUCCACGCCACCUUCCCCAGCAGGAGGCUGCUCAACCUAUAUGGCAGCACAGAGGUGACAGGAGACGUCACGUGGUGCCCCGUAAAGGAGAACAACUGGAAGCCCGGCGUGCGGGUGCCGGUGGGGGCGCCGCUGUACAACACUGCCAUCCUGGUGCUGCGGGGGGAGGGGGCAGGGGGUACCCGCACCCUGGCUGACGAAGACCAGAUUGGCGAAGUGGCCGUCCUGGGCACGAAUGUUUCUCCGGGGUACCUCAGUGGCUAUGUUGUCUCCUCCUCUUCCUCUUCUUCCUCCUCCUCUUCCUCCUUCCGUUCCCUUUCUUCUAUCAUCAUCAAGGACGAGCGGAAGAAGAAGAAACUCUACGAUUAUCUCACCAAAGUCCAAGAGUUAACGUCCUGUUCGCCGCCACCCACCAGCACGCCCGCCCCUCAGCCUGCCUCCGCCAGCAGCUGUGAGGCGGAGCGCAAGCCGUCCCUGCCCUCCAGCCCAGCACCAAGCCAGCACCCGCCAAACCCACCCAGGCCUUCCUCCACCCCUCCCACGCCUCCACCGCGAAUUAAAAAUGGGCACAACACUGACACAGCACGCCAGGACCUCCACGCCUCCCCCUGUACCCCCGAGAACUUCCCCAGGAUCCCUCCACGAAGAUUGUCCACCACUCCUGCAUCGCCAGCCACGACGGCAAAGGCAGCGACGCAGCAGGAGGAAAGAAAAACACAAGAGGAAAGGAAGACGAUAAGUGAGAAUCAAGACACUAAAAAGGAAGAGAGAAAGGAUGAGGAAAGGAAAGAAGGACCGAAGGGAGAGGAUAAGAAGGGCACGAAGAAAUCAGAGGAAGGGAGGAGUGAGAGGUCCGUGGAGGAUACAUUAGUGUACCUUUCCGGGGACCUGGGGAGGGUGUGCGGGGGGCAGGUGGUGCUGGAAGGGCGGCGCGAUUCCCAGGUAAAGGUGAGGGGCGUGAGAGUUCACCUGGCGGAGCUGCAAGACGCCCUCCAUUGUUCAGGAUACGUGGCAAACCAGUGCGUCUUAGCUACAGGCGGAGGCACUGGGGGUGGCAGCACGGCGGACGCGGAUGCAGAGGAGGAGGAUCAAGUACUCGUGGCCUUCGUUGUCCUGAAGGGGGAGUACUCUGACCAGGACACGGCCACCACUGAGGACCUGACUCGCUGCCUCCGUCUGUACCUGCCGCAAGCCGUGGUGCCGCGGGUGGUGGUCCUCGACGCCCUUCCGCACCUGCCCAGUGGAAAGGUGGACCGCCAGGCUCUCCUUAGGAUCUACCGGAGGAGGGUCGUCCAGCACCGCGGCUCACAGGAUGGCUACUUAAUUCUUCGGAAGGACGAGCCGAUAGAGUCCCGUGUGCUAAGGAUCAUCUGUGGCGCCCUGGGUGUAAGUCGCUCCCAGGAUGUACUGCAGAAGAACUUUUUCGACCUCGGGGGCACCAGCAUCACCUCCGUCAGCGUGGUGGUGCGCCUGAGGGAGUUGGAUCUUGACCUGAGCCUUGAGAGCUUCCUGAAGGCGGCCACGAUCGGGGAUGUGGUCAAUGAUAUACUGAAGGCAAAGACCAUGGCUGAAGUGAUGAACCUCUUCUGCUCGCCCUGCCCCGCCCCAGCCUCCACCAGCCCCACGCAGACCUCCGGCAGAAGGGGCAGCAGAAGAGCCGAGGAGAUCACCCUUGGAAUCAGCGGAGGAGGAGGAAGAGGGGACAUGGAGGAGGAGGAGGAAGAGGAGGAGGAGUCAGUGGUUGAUAUGGGUAUUCCCGCUCUUCACCCUGAUCUCCCUGUCUCCUGCAGGGCGAGUCCUCACGCCCUGCAAGCCGGGAAGACCAAGGGCAUUCGUCUGGCGCAGCUUCACACGCUUCCCGUCUCGCAGGGAGUGGACAAGGCAACAGUGAUCGAGAUGGUGGCGGAGAGCUUUGCGGCCCGAAACCCUCUUGACGUGGCUGCAGGAGUGACCAGGGCUGCCCACCGCCUCCUGCUGGGGAACUUAUGGCCUUGUCUGGUGCAUGAUGACCUCAGCUUUGUAGUGAAGGACCCCAAGAGAGGCAUCCUGGGCGUGGCUGUCAAUACGGAUCUCUUCAAUGAGCCGCUGGUGGAGGUGCCGGCCAGCAUGGAGGUCAUCGCCAGCCUGCACGCCCCGCUAGAGGAGGAGGCCAGGCAUUACCUUCGCCAGGAGGGCAUCUUCGCCUCGGCCUCCCCAUCCAACGCCGGCAGCAGGAGGAACAGCACAGUGGGCACUAUGGGCACGCGGCGGAACAGCGGCGGUGGCAGCAGGAGGAACAGUAGCAGCAGCAGGAGUGGCGGGUGCACAACCACCCCGCGUUGGCUGCACAACCUGUACCUGGCCACCAGCAGCUGCCUCUCGCCUCAGGACAAUGUACGUCUGUCGCUGCACCUGGAGAAGGAGGUGGUGAGGCUGGCCAAGAACAGGCUGUACCAUGGCGUGUUCACUGUCAACUCCAACCCUCUCAACCAGCUGCUGUGUGAGACCUUCCUGGGGUAUGAGAGGACGGGUGCUGUGCGGGUGAAUUCCUUUGUGCAUGGUGGCAGGCGUCCCUUUGCCUCCCUGCCCCACCAUCUCCUGCUGGUGGCCAUGACCAGGACACUCUGAGCCUGCCACCCAUGCUGCCCUCCUGCUCACCCUCAGGGGCCAGGGACACCUCAGACACUUCUGACUGACAUGACUUCUUAUGAACUUCAUGACUGCCUGUAGUAAACUCAUCACUUGGUGACCUCCAUGACCACCAGGUGACCAACUUAACCAUCUACUGACUUACAACCCACUAGUAACCUCCAUGACCACCAGGUGACCAACUUAACCAUCUACUAACCUUUGUAACCAUCUAGUGACCCCGAUGACCACCUACACACCCACCAGUGGUUUCAAACACCACUUAGUGACCUUCAUAGAUAUCUUGAGACCUUCAUCAUGACUUGGUGACUCCAUAACUCCUCCUGGUAAUCCUCACAACAAGCCUGGUGACUGUGGCUCCUCUUGAUGACUCACAUAAAGGGUCACCUCUCCAGACAGAGUCAAGACAUGGGUUAUCAUGUAUAUUAUUUUGAUGAUAAUAUUAACAUUCCACAAAUGGUGCCAAAUGUGUGUGUGUGUGUGUGUGUGUGUGUGUGUGUGUGUGUGUGUGUGUGUGUGUGUGUGUGUGUGUGUGUGUGUGUGUGUGUGUCCAAGCAGCCAAAGAAAGACUUGGACACCUCAUCCAUCCUCUCUUCUGGCUGAAAGACAAAACAACAAAAGUCCUCCAAUUUGUCCUCCUGAUGAACACCUGACCAAGUGCACCAGGUGUGUGAGUCUCCCAUGUGCUGUGCUCUGCUGCACUGACAACCCUUCACAACAGUCUGCAUGAACCAAGCUGCAACUCCUCCAAGCUUCCCUCACUGUGUACUCAAUGUUGUCUCAUCACAGCUCUUAAUAUUUGCUUCAAAAGUGUUUGUAAUGUGACACUCCUAAUGUAGGGAGGUGUGGAAUACAACCUGUCUACUUACAACAACAGCUUCUGUGGCAUGAAAUCAAAAUACAAGAAUUACUCAGUCACUAUCAAAACAUGACUACUAUACCUUCAUAAUGGCUCUUUUUACUCCAUCAACUUUUUCAGCAUUCUAAUUUCCUAUGUGGAACAAAAAAUCUAAAUAUCUAUUGAAUCAGUAAUAAAACAUAUCCAUUGUACCUUCAAAAUGUCGUCUUUCACUUCACCUUGAUCAUCUGCUUCACUUUCACGAGGAACACAAGUAUAGCGAAGACCACCAGACUGUUUACCCUCCAAACACCAACUCCUGGCAACCCAAUACAGUCAAUCUUUUUUACUCUUCUUAAACAGGCAUCUCAGUGGGCUUUUUUUCUAUAUAAAUUUUGUCACCCUUGGCCAGCACCCCUCUUACUUAAAAAAUAAAAAGGAAACUAUUCUAACAGCAAAGCAAGAGGAAACAGCACAGCAAUUGUCAUUAUUCAAAAUCAAGUACCACCAUCUAUCACCAUCCAUCAUCCCCUAUCACCAUCCACCACCACCACCACCAUCACCGACCACCAUGUUUUUACCCAGUUUUUAGCUUUUUAACCUAAUGAGCUGAAUAUAGAAAGAGCCAGAGAUUUACAGAAACAAUGAAUCUGUGAGACUGUAGAAGGUCAUAGGAGAGAGGAUCUAGAAAGGAUGAGGAUGUGUGGGUUGGAUGUUUUCACUCAGGAUGGGAAAGUUAUAGAAGGGAAGGUUAAGGUAAGGAUGUAUAGACUAGAUGUCUUCACUAAGGAUGGCAGUUGAAAAAUAUAUAGUAAUAAGACUGGUAAAUCUGUCUAUCUCACAAAUUUGCAAAAGUGUGAAUAUAAAACCAACAUAAUUCAAACUGGGACUGACAAGAACCUUCAUAGAAAAAUACCGGACUUGUAGAAAUUCUGCCUUUAACAAGAAUUCUCCACAAUGAGUAAGUAAAUAAAUAAAUAAAUAAUACAGGAGAUGGUCUGGCUGUGUGGCUAUGCAUACCUCACAACUCUUUCAUUUCAACAGAAGCUCAGACAAAAGCUCACAUUUAGCUGAAUAUCAAACUUCUGAGAAAGGUUUGCAAUCACCAUCAUCCUCACCACCAUCACCACUAUUACAACUACUACUACUGCUACUACUACUACUACUACUACCACCUCACCACCACCACUGCUGCCCCUGCUACUAUCAGCAUUGCCAAAGUGUACCCAAAUGGAAAAAGGAAAUGGAA